CUUCUUCUUCUCUCUUCUCUCCUCGUGUAGUUGAGAGGAAGGAAAGGAAGAAAGAGAAGUAGAUAGCUCAAAUGUGCCUCGCUCUGCUGCCGGGGCACGGGGGCUUGGCUGGAAGGAUCUAGUUUCUCUUUGGCGGCAGGAAAAGGAGCCAGAGGAGGAGGCAGAGACGGACACCCAGACAUGCCCGUCCCAUCUGGCUGCUGGCUCCUUCUCCUUGGCCUGGCUGCUGCUGGCAAACAGCUGUCACUACAAAUCGCUGUACCAUGUGAAGGCGAACGACACUAUGAGUACUCAGGACGGUGCUGCACAAAGUGUGAGCCAGGAAAGUAUAUGUCUGCUAGAUGCACAGGUACUUCUGACAGUGUGUGCCAGCCGUGUGGUCCAAACGAGUAUAUGGACGUCUGGAAUGAAGAAGAGAAAUGCUUACUACAUAAAAUAUGCGAUCAAGGGAAAGCUUUGAGAGAAGUGAACCCAGGGAACAGCACGUUCCAGCGGCAAUGUGCUUGUACGAUGGGCUACCACUGGAAUGAAGACUGUGACUGCUGUCAGCGAAACACCAUAUGUGCUCCAGGAUUUGGAGCUGAGCAUCCUGUGCAGCAAGACAAGGACACGACGUGUACACCAUGUCCCAGGGGCUCCUUCUCAAAUGUUGCUUCAUCCACUGACAAGUGUAAAUCCUGGACCAACUGUACAGCUCUAGGGAUGAAAGAAAUUGUGCCUGGGACUGAAAAGUCAGAUGCAGUUUGUGCAGAACGGAAGAUGCCUGAGACAUCAGAAGAUGGAACAAACAGGAUCUUAUACGUGUUGGUUGUCCUUUUGUUUUUUGUGGCACUAAUUGGCAUUGUCAUCUUUAUAAUAUACUACAAGAAUAAGGGAAAAAAACUGACAGCAGAUCUACAGAACUGGGCUAGCGAAGUGUGCAGCCAAAUAAAAGGAACAAAGGAGCCACCAAGGGAUGUGUUUGUUACCAUGAACACCACAAAUGUUGCUGCCCCCCAGACCUCUGAGGGCACUUGUCUUCUGGGCCCUGCUGGCUCUCCUGCCCCUGGAAACUUGUGCUGCACCAGCAGCCACACGCCUUGCAGGAAUGGGAACCCUAGCAUGGUGCCAUGCGAGGUGGGAGGGAGCCUCCAAGAGCUGUCUGUGGUAACCGAGACUGAUGACAGCUUCCCACCAGUUCCCACAGAAGAUGAAUACAUGGAUAAGGAUCUCAAUGCCACUGAUUAUUUGUCUUUACUGAGUCGGGCUGCCAGUAAAACCGUGUCAUCAUUUUCAGAACCAAUGGAGGCAGGGGAGAAUGACAGCUUAAAUCAGUACUUCUCAGGGAUUGGGAGCACAGAGGAUGUAUCAAUGUCUCAAGGCUCUCACCCUUCCUCCGACAAGGAUGGGGCACACAUUGCCAUGGACAAACUUCUUCAGAAAUCUUGCCAAUGUGCCCACAGUUGCCUGAAGGAAACAGGCAACAAAGACACAGAUAAUUUUGCAACUAACUAUGAAUCAGAGAAGAUCUGUGUGAGGUGUGGCAUUUCAUACAGGGAAUCUCCCAGAAAGUGGAGCAAACCCUUUUGUGCUGCAGGUGACAGUACCUCCACCACCCUGGAAAGUGGAUCCUGUGCACAGUGCACCUGUGGCUUGAAUUUUCUCUCUGCUGGUCAGAGCACUCUAGCAAGUGAUCAGAGUAUGGAGGAUUCAUCUUCAGAUAGUACCAACAUGAAGUACCAGAAUACAAACAGAAGCACUUCAGGGGCAAGCAGCAGCACUUCAGACCUCCCUCCAGCAACUGGCAACGUGACUGGAAACAGUAACUCCACCUUUAUCUCCAGUGGCCAAGUAAUGAACUUCAAGGGCGACAUCAUUGUUGUCUACCUUAGCCAAAACUCCCAGGAAGGGGCGACAGCCUCGGGACCGAGCGAGGAGAACGUGGGCAGCCCGGUGCAGGAGGAAAACCUCAGCCGCUGUGAGACUUUUGCCGGCAACGCCCAACACUACAAGGAGAAGUGUGCCGAGCUGCAGGGUGCCUGUCCGCCAGUGGGGAGCCGGGGGCCACGGCCACCCACGGGACCGCCAGCCCAAGAGCGGGCCCCGUCCUGCCCCAGCCAGGCCUCACAGCCCGUGCAGGAGGAGGGGAAGCUAGGACACUUCUCAGAGAAAGUCUUGAACUGAGGAAGAGAGACAGAUGGUGUCCUUGCAAGAGGGCUGCCGAGAAGCUGCCGAAAUCCCAGGUGCGGUGACAGAUUUGGAGACUGCUGCUGCUGCUGCCUCCGCCUCGGGUGCCUCCUGGGAAACUUUGCCAUGUGGAAAAGGACCCUUGUGGCACAGGGUCACCGGUGGGGACUGGGGUGGGUGCAAAGCCGGGUGUGCUGCCUCUGUUGUGGGACCGGCAGUGGGGCUCACUCCUCUCCCUGGUGGGGCGGGGGCCUCCCCACCUGCCCCCUGCUCCCUGUCACCUCUGCCAGGCAAGCAGCGAGGGAGAGUUGAGGAGAUCCAUGGGGACGGGGACUUGGUGAGGAGGAGAGCAGCGUGGCUGGCCGAGCACACGGGGUGCUCCCGGAGAAGGGACAACUUGGCACGC